GCUACUUUUAUAUCAACUUCGGUACUUGUAGUCACCCAGCUCGCUACUCUGGCUACUUCCACCAGCUCUGGCAGUCGUGUGUAACUGAGCUUCUGGUCAGCCAGGAGAGAGAGAUGUGUUUGGGUAGUAGUGGGUGGCUGAGGGUAGUUGAUCAGUGGUGAGGUUGGUGGUGGGAGCCCGUGGUGCCUGUGAGGGAGGUGUGUGAGUGGUGAAGAUGUCUGCCAUCCGUCGGUCACUCCUCAAGGGCGGCCUGCCUCCCAUGGGCCCUCCUGGCCUCCCAGGAUUGAAUCGAGGUGGCCGAAGCCGUGGAGGUAUGAUGGGUGGACGGAAAGACUACACUCCAGUGUCAUUUAAGAACUACUGGGACAGUAGUGAAGAUGUCGCCCUAGAAGGUGGCGAUGUUUUUCGUGUGUACAAGCGUGGCUCAGCAGGUCCUUUGCUGUUACUCUUGCACGGAGGGGGAUACUCGGGCCUUACUUGGUCUCUCUUUGCUGAACAUGUCAGCGAGAUGGUAGAGUGUCAGGUGAUGGCCGUUGACCAGCGAGGACACGGGGAUACUCGCACCACAGAUGAUUCGGAUCUCUCCGCUGAAACCCUUGCUAGUGACAUUGGUCGGUUGGUGGAUGCAGUGUAUGGGUCUGCUCAGCCACCAUGUGUGCUCAUUGGUCACAGCAUGGGUGGUGCCAUCGCUGUCCACACUGCAUACUAUGGCUAUGUUGCUGGGAUUGCAGGUUUAAUCGUAAUAGAUGUAGUGGAAGGUACAGCCAUGGAUGCCCUAAGCUCCAUGCAGAGUUUCCUGCGUGGCCGCCCAAACAACUUCAACUCCCUUCAAAAUGCCAUAGAAUGGAGUGUGCGCUCUGGACAAACUAGAAAUAUUGAAGCGGCCAGAGUUUCAAUGCCGGGACAAGUUAAGAACACAGAGAAUGGGUGCUGUGGCACUGUUGAUGUUGAAUCAUCAAUCGAUAAUAACCAGAAACAAAACCGAGAGAGUGGUGUUCUAGUUCGAUCAGACAUGAUCCCCGAGGAGGGUGGUGACGCCGACACUUCUCAGACUACAGAAUCAUCAUCGGCACCGUCUUUAAAUGAAAGCAACUUACCGGUCAGAAAAUAUACGUGGCGAAUAAACUUAGGAGAAACGGAAAAAUUUUGGCCUGGUUGGUUUCAAGGAUUAUCGGCCAAGUUCUUGGCAAGUUCUCCAGCAAAAAUGCUAUUGCUGGCUGGCAUAGACAGACUUGACACUGAACUAACUGUUGGACAGAUGCAAGGAAAGUUCCAGAUGCAGGUUUUGCCCCAAUGUGGCCAUGCAGUACAGGAAGACACCCCCGAUCGUGUGGCUGAAGUGCUGGCCGCUUUCCUCAUCAGACACAAGCUUGCUCCACCCAAGAAUGAUUUCAACAUGAGUUUUCCCGCAUGCUGAAAAAGAGCUCGAUGAUGCCUGUGACGAGUCGUCUUGCACAUCCUCAUACUGGAAGAUAGUGGCAAGUUGUACUAGUGUAUUGUAGUACACACCCUUAUACAUUCAAGAUGCACUAUGGUUACAUGGGCUUUUCUUUUCCCCUCAUGGGUUCUGCCUUGCCAUGGGAAAAAGGGGCAUUUGCACACCAAUCUUGGGUGAUUGAUGGUGGCUUCUGCUUCUCUCUUACCUUCUGAAGCAGAGUUCAACUAGAGUACCCACUUUGAGGCUUCCCAUUUAGGUAUUUAGACCACCUGCUGGAGGGGUUGCCCAUGAGAGGCCGUGCUUGUAUCAAUGGUCUUGUUAAAAAGGGAGAACACCACUAAGGAUGCAGCACCCUGUUUGUGUCGGCUCACACUUGACUCCUCUCACUACUCCGGUAGGUGGUAUUCCAUUGUCCAAGGAUACAAUCCUCUUCUCUGCUUACCAAUGGAAAGUUUCUCUCCAUUACUCAUCAUACUUGUGCAGUGGAUAUCCACACUCACAAUUUGUGCCCCACAGCUCCUUAUUUGCAAGACCCUAACUUGUCACCCUCUCUCUCUCUCCUUGUGUAUUACUUGUCAAUGUUAACAUUCUUUUUUUCUGUAUUAAGAUGAUGAUUCACAAGAUUGUGCAGCAAAUUUGUUAGUAAAAUAACAUGUAUCCACCGUCGUCGUACUUUUGAAAUUGCUGAGCCGGUGUAAGUCACCUUACUACAGUACUACCUUGCCUAAAAAUCUCAUGGCGAGUCAUACUUUCAUGUGCAGUUUUGGUAUUCAUACAAUGAUGUAUGUACUCCUGCUGAAUUUGUCCGCUCUGUCCCUUUGCCACUCAUUGGCAGUGUGCUCCAAUAAUAUUCACAGUUCUCUGCCAUCAACCUACCUGUACAAUAGCGUACAGUAUUUAUGAAAUAUUUAUACCCGUAAUCAGAUAUGGGGGGGCCCCUGGGUCCAUCCACAUAGCAUGGUACAAUAUGGUUGUUCUCCCCAUUAAAAACCCAGUACAAAGUACACUUCUCUUUGGGAUCUUCGUCCCUUUGCUUUAAUUAGUUGCAUCUGCAAGAUUUUUGUAACGUUAUCUUUGCGACGUUGUCCCAAUUUAGUUAUAAAGUUGCAGUACCACUGAUAUCCUGACAGACGUGCAAGUUUUGACACAGUUGCUCAUUCUAUGAGCAUCUAUGGACAGAUGCUCCAGGCAGUUUAUUUAAUGACAGCCAUUAUCUGGUAAUGGCUGUCCUUUUUAACUUGGAUUAAACAUGACACCACAGUAUCUGGAAAUAUAAUAGCCCAGUUACAUUCUUUUUGGCCUCUUGGUUAUUUGCCUUUGUUCCUUCAAAGCUUCCACUCUGUACAAACCUUUGUAAAGCAUACUUUGGGACUGCUUCUGUGGAACAAUCAUUCGUGUUGUCCCCUUAAUGGUCUCUCAUCAUCUCUCCCAACUGGGGUAUAUUCCACAUUUGCAUAAUGAACUACAAAAACAGUGUUCUAAUCGUCCAGGAGUCUUUUAGAAAGACUUUGGUGGCACAUGUCUUUGGCAGAUAUAGUUUUGUUGGGUUUGCAGACAUACUGGUGUAACCUCUGACUUGCAGAUGAAACAGACACAUCAUGCCUCUCCAAUCUUCCAAAAGGGCAUUCCUUAGAUAUGUGCCCUGUCAUUAUGCAGUCCAAAACUAUUGGGGAUGUAGAUGGUUAUAGACCAUGAAUAGUAUAUUUUACUAGCAGAAUGUAACUUAAACCCCCCCCCCCAUAGCCUUACUUCUUUCACUGAAAUAGAUGGGGAAAAAGUGUCUGGAUAGGUUAUAUAUUGGCCCACACAAAUUUAGCUCAUGGGUACUUAUUGCAAUGGAUACCUGUACUAUCAGAAGUGCAUUGUCCAGCUUAGACACUUGCCUUAUAAAAUGUCCUGAUUUUCAGGGUGUUUCAAAAUUUUGUUUUCCCACAGUUCCUUAGUCAUUUGUUCCAUUUAACAUUCUCUGUGAAUCUAUCUCCUUUUCACGUCACUUGUCUUGUCUUUCUCUUCUUGUAAUGGCAUCCUAAAUGAUAUCUUGGGUAUAUUCUGUAACAGUGCUCUAUAACCAUCCUGGUUUAGUACUUUUAAUAAUUACAUUUUUUAUGUAUUAUUUCACCAUACUUGACAAUUGUAAGUGUAUAUUUGUAAAAACUUAGGUCAUUAUGUAUACACAUGUGAAUUCCUUAGCACCGAAGAGGCUUAACACUUGCAGAGAUUGCACUAAAUGUUUUGCAGCUAUUAUUAAAACACGUUAAUACUGGGCACUUGGAGCCUCGAACUAUUGACAGCAACAAUUCACUUGGGCACUGGGAGUGCCCAAGUGAAUGAAAUGUUAGCAUCCAUGUUUAUUGUGGUUGACAAUUUAUAUGACGUGGGUGUGGAUCAUCUAGUUCCUCCUUGUUCUAGUAGCAUUCCAGAUGAUGUUGAAAGUCCCAGUUGGAUACUAGUGAUGUCUUGGAGUGUGGUUGUUGCUGUUCAUAGUGUGGUCUAUAGAUCUACUGUCUCCUGCUCUAGGGGUCGGUGGUUCAAGGGUCCCUAGAACCCAAGUAAAUGAAUUGUUAUUAUCCAUGUUUAUUAUGGUUGACAAUUUUUUAAUACUGGUUUAAUUAAAUUGCUCAUGGUUUAGGUUGAUCACAGCUUCAUACUCAAAAUUAGUGUUAAUUUGAUUCUCUAUUUCUGAGAAUUUAUUUUCAUAUAAAAUUACUGUAUUAAAAAAAAGUUUGUGUUCUCAUACACAAAGUUGGUAUAAAAAAUACACAAGGAAGCAAGCUAGCUGAAGAGAGGUUAUUAUGGUAUAAAUACGCAUUGGAAGCAUAUGUGCCCGUUUCCAAUCUUUGAUUCUCUUUAUACUAUUCCUAGCAUAAAAACCAUGACAUUAAUAACGAUCUUGAAUGCCUCAUUAUAUGAACACAAAAACUUGUGUGGUUGUAAAGCCGAGCAUUUAUUCUAGGGCUGUGUAGCCUGACUUACCUGUUGUUUUAUCUGAAGUUUACGUGUAAUCUUGAAUGUCUCGUAAUAUUUUUUAUUUAGCCGAGGUACUGAAUAACCUCGUGUUAUUCAGCCCCUUUUAUUUAUUUAUUUUUCCCAGAACACAAUCUGCCUGUUUUUUGACUAACAUUUAUUACAGUACUUUACUGUACAGUAUAACCGAAGGUGCAUGCUUCCUAUUGUAAUUAUCUUGGUGUAAACCAAUAGCAAAUAUAUGUGCAUUUUCCA